AUGCCAUCAAUCCCCACGCUCUCCUCGGUAGGGAUGGCCUUCCUCUUCUCACUGCUCCUCCUCCUCUUGGGCUCUGGCAGUGUCCAGGGGGCCUCUCUCAGAGAACACAGACUGAAAGGCAGUGAGCUGGACCCCCAGCAAGUAGACACCCCCUACCUCCCCACCAACGCAGACAUGCUCAAGGCCUUGGAGUACAUUGAGAGCCUCCGCCAGCGUACCGGGGGAGGAGCGCCAGCCCCCCAGGAGCAGGCUCCCCUCACUCCAGACUACGACACCACCAACAUGGACAAAGACUCAGAGAAACUCCGCUCCAUGCUGAGGCUAGCCUCUCCUGCCCAGACCAGUCAGCGUAAGAUCGGCCAGGACCAGGAUGAAGAGGAUGAGGAAGGGGAGCGAAACAAGGAGGACAAGACCCAGGAGUGGCUGCAGGCGGUGCUGAGUACCCUCCAGCAGACCGAAAAGGGCCCCAAGCCAGCCCCUGUGAGGCCCAGUGUAGCCCGCCACACUCUGGGCAAAGGGCGGAGACCGGCGAAGGAGGAGAGCCAGUUGGGAGAGGGCGUGGCAUAUCCAUGGUCACAGCAGCAGCGUACCAGCCGGCCUAACAGGAAGUACCCACUGAUGUUUGAAGAUGAGGAGGACGGUGAGGAAGAAAGCAGAGCCCCAGGCCGCGAGAGCCCCUUCAAACGCACCAAUGAGAACAUGGAAGGGAAGUAUACACCCCAGAACCUGGCCAACCUGCAGUCUGUGUUUGAGGAACUGGGGAGGAUAGCCAAUGCCAAGGCUGGGCACAAACGCCAGACUGAGGAUGAUGAAGAGGAGGAUGAUGAUGAUGACGACAUAUUCCGGGUGAGGAAUCUGGCCUAUGAGGAUGUGAUGGGGGGAGAGGACUGGGCGCCCUUAGAGGAGCAGGUGGAGACGGACGAUGAGGAGAGUGACAACAGGCAGGAGUUUGACAGAGGCUUGAAGGAUGAUGAAGAGGAUGAUGAUAAUGAAGAUGAGGAGGAGAUUGAUGAGGUCAAGCGAUCGAGCCAGCCGGUUCCGGGAGAACAUGACCCAGAUGACAUCACCAAACUGGUCGACUACUACCUUCUGAAGGUGCUAGAGAAAACAGAGCAGGAGGAGCGGAAGAGAGAGCUAGAAGAAGAGGAGGAGAGGGAAGAGAGGAGGGCAACUCAAAUUCUGUACAGCGACAAGGUAGAUCCACAAGCCAUUUACCACCUCAUCCAAAUCUCCCAGAAACUACAGAUCCCACCAGAAGACCUGAUGGACAUGCUGAAGAGUGGGGAGAUGACAAAACAGGACAGGACACCACUGAGGACACAAGCACAUUCUUGGACACCCAACGAUCUGGCCAGGGUAGAGGACAAACUAACUCAAAUCUCCUCUAAGAAAAAUAAGAUCCCUCCAGAGACAUUCUUCAACAGACGGCUGCCUGAGACCCAAAAAAGCAACGUCCCAUACGAAAUAAACACAGAAGACAUUCAAAAAAUCCUCGGCCUGGGAAGUGUGGCAAAUCAGAAUGCACCCGCACUCAAGAAGCAGAAACAGCAUACAAGCCCACCGUUAAGGUUAAACGCACCAGCUGGAAGGCAGAAAGACUACAUGUUCUCUGAGCCAAACGUCCCAGAGAAAGGAAAGGGCGACUACGACAACACUGUUGACGAAGACGAGCUGGAGACAUAUCUGGCUGCCCAGAUGUUGGUGCAGUACCCGCAGGCAGCAAACAAGGCAGACCAAAAAAAGCGUGCAUCGCAGCCUCCCUCACAAGACGAUAAGCUUGUGCAGGGAAAGUUCGAGCAGGCGGUACAGGACUACUUUGACCAAAUGGACUCAGACAAAAGCCAGCCUCAGAAAAGGCAGUCAGAACCCGAGGAGGACACGGGCGGUGCUUUGCAAACGCAUGGCUUGGAUGACGACAUGCUGCUGAAAGUCCUAGGCUAUCUGAACCCAGAGACCGAAGAUAAGGACCUUUACGCCAAAACUGUCAAAGGAAUGUAG